AUGGGUAGCAGUGCUGUUUGGGUCUUCUGGCCUUUUGAGGUGAUCAUUGCUGUAAUAUGUUGUCUGGGCAAUGCGCUGGUGAUUUGGGCAGUGUGGAAAUGUGGUGCUCUCAGGCAGCCCACCUUCUGCUUCAUUGUGUCCCUCGCUGUGGCCGAUUUCCUGGUGGGAUCUGUUGCCAUCCCCAUAUCAGUGCUGGUGGACAUCCGUAUGAAGAUUCGCUUUUAUGGCUGCCUUUUCAUGUGCAGCGUUGUCAUGAUGCUACAGUUGGCUUCUGGUUCUUCACUUCUGGCCAUUGCAGUGGACCGUUUCCUCCGUGUGCGCAUCCCUGUGACGUAUAAGUCUACAGUUACUCAAAAACGCUCUUGGAUGGUGGUGGCGAUCUGCUGGUUCACUGCUGCACUGUUGAGUUUUAUCCCCAUGUUCGGAUGGCACAACUAUAACACUUGGAAUGGCACAACACAAGCAAACUCCACCAGUUUUGAGUGUAGAUUCUUCACUGCUAGCAGCCGUUCAUAUGUUGUAAACUUUAUAUUCUUUGGCUUCUUCCUUCCUCCGUUGGUUGUCAUGACAGGCUUGUACUGUUACAUCUUCCUGACCACUAGAAGGCAGUUAAGACUAAAUAUAGGUGCAGCUACUGAGUCCCGCACAUAUUACCAAAAAGAGCAAAGGCUGGCUGCUUCACUGGUUCUGGUCUUGGGUCUAUUUGUUGUCUGUUGGCUGCCUCUGUUCCUCAUGCACACUAUAAAAUUAUAUGGUCCUAAAAUCGAGGUGUCCUCUCUCUUCAUUCACAUAGGUGUCCUCCUGUCUCAUGUUAAUUCAGCAGUUAACCCCAUAGUGUAUGCAUUUAAAAUCCCAAAGAUAAAAGAGGAGUUUAAGAAGCUGUACAUGAGAGUUUACCAUGACGGACAACAGCACUAGGGAGAGACAGCAGACCAUAGGUCUAAAUCAUGUGUUAGAAUCCAGUCCUGGUAGAACAAUAAACCUCAAUAUUUCCACUGAUUUUUCGAAACUUCUGCCUAGUUAGGGUGUAAACUUAUUUGGAAAGUCUUGAUUGUAGAGAAACUUACUGAGUCAGAUUUGUUCACAGUGAUGACAGAAACCAGACGACUAUUUUAGUGUCUCUAAAAGCUCCCACAAGUUGUUAUAUAAAUUGUUUAUUAAUAUGCUGCCGGAUGCAUGAGACAUUGUUCUGUGAUAGUUUUCAUAGUAUUUUUUUCACAUUUUCCUUCAUUUAAUUUCCUUCUUUCAUCUUUAUCUAUAUUCCAAACACAUUGUAACCCCUGGUUCCCAUCACCAGCACUUUAAAGAAAUCCAUACUGAUUAGUUUCUUUAUAGUGAGCCAUUUUACAUUAAAUCAAUCUGUUAGAGAACAACAAAGUGAUGAUCUCAACAAGGUUGGAUAGUAGUUGAGUCAGUAUGUAUUGAUUGAACUGUAGAUUUAAAGUCGUUGUUCAAACGCAAACAUCACAAAGCAUGUUUUUUUAUAUGAAUUUUAAACAUUAAGUUAAAUAUGAAUGAAUUGUAUCAAGUUGUAUUGUUAAUUAAAAUGAUUGUACCUGUAAUCAGUGGUUCAUAGCUGUUUGGUGGAGUCACUGAAGACCAGCUUCACAUUUUCUAUUGUCAUAAACAUUUGUUCAAAUAAACAUCCUGCUCAUCUGUAGGUCUUGAUGAUU